AUGCCGCCAAGGGUGAGAGGCCGAGGAGGAAGAGGAAAAGCUCCAAUUACUAGGAACGACCAUGAAGCCGGACUAUCACACCGGCGUACACCAUCCGCUUCAUACGGAUCAAGUCCUCACGAAGACUGGAGGACAUAUCUUGAGCCUGCGAGGCGUUAUGUCUCGCUCAGCUCCUCACCAUCCUAUCACCAUUCCUUUGGGCCACAGCAGGAGGACGAGCCCAGCGAUUCUCACCACUCUUACAUUCCUCUGCAACGAUCGGGUUCGCACCAUUCAUUCCAGAACCCGACACCUUAUUUUCAAAGCCGGUUCAACCCGAUGAACCAGAUAGAAGAACCAGAGGGUCAAAACCCUUUGGGACCAGCUGAUCAUUUCCCUGAAAUCCAAAACAUGUAUGUGGACGAAGAUCCAGAUCCUGAGAUGCCACCAUCUGGGAAGUCGAUGCAUCCCAUUGAUAUAUCUAGCGGAUCAUCCUUCCAUGGUUCGCCUUACAGGGGCCCUGAUAUUUGGGCCGAAAGAUGGGCUUCAUACAAGUGGGAGUAUACCCCCCCUCACCGCAACUCGCCACCACACCAGCAGGUCCCUUCUAAGGACCCGCAUUUUCCGGCGGUCACGCCACCGCCACCGCUAGCGCCGGAGCAGCAACCGCCUCCACAACCACUGAGGCGCAGAAGAGUUUCUGAAGUCGACUCUGUACCAGUCGAACCAGCACCACACAUGGGUUAUAAAAAGCCAAUUCCUUCUUACCCAGGUGCAGCUGGGUACAACCCGUUCGAGCAGCAAGCUUAUUCGGGUUAUAGCUACAACAAUGCCCCUGCCAUUGACCCGUACAUUGAGGCAGCGAACUACAAUGCUCUCUACCCUGGACCCUUUCCAGCUAUGUACCCAAUUGGGUACCCUGCAUAUGGGUAUCAAUACCCACCGCCUCCUCAACCUCAGCAGCAACAGACCCGCAGCCACCACAAAUUCAACCACCGCAGCAGCAAGAAAUCCUCCAGAGGUUGCACGAGGUGGAACAAAGGGUAG